AUGGCAGCCAUCUCUCAAACUUUCAAUCCAAUAUAUCCUAAUGGAAUACAAAAAUGUGACCAAUUUAGAAGAAAAUAUAAAAAGACACUCCAAAAUUUGUUCCAAGACCAAAAUAUCAUCCAAUAUAAUACUUCCAUUCAUUACAGAAUACAAACUACAAAGUUGAAAAUCCACAACGGGUUUAUACCACUGCAUAUUGCAUGUAAGAAGAAUCGUAUAGCUGUUGUUAAGUUACUUAUAUCCUACAACAAAGACUCAUUGCAAGCAAAAACAAAUACGCGCAAAAACCGCUGCAGAAUGCACGAGAUAUUAUUCACAGUACGUGAUGUUUUAAAGAAGCAAUGCCAUGUUGGCAUAAGUUUCUUUCAAUUGAAUAGAAUAUGCAAUUGGCACAAAUGCAUAAAUAUUUCUAUUAUGCAAUUAUUGGAACAUACUAUGAAGGUCAUGGAAAGAAUCUUGGAACAUAAGCGUUCGGUUGUUGGAAAGAAGUGA